ACACAGCUGAUUCUUAUCACUUGUACAGAGAAGCUUUGGCCAGUUUCAGUUUAAGACAUGCAACGUUCUUCCUCCUUUCCUUCAAAAGCUGGUUUGGAAAACAUCAGUGGAAGAGGUGCUUAGUAAACAGACUAACUGAGUAAGAAAAUUGUGUCUGAUGAUGGAUGUGACCUCAUCUGGCUUCCCAAACUCUUCUGGAGACUUCUGGAGUAAUCCAAGUGAGCUGAUGAAAAAUUUUUCUUCAGAAACCCAAAACAUUACCAUCUGUCUUAUGAAUGAAGACUCCUUGUCUUUUACCAUAAUAGUUUCAUACUCCAUUAUCUUUGUCAUUGGAUUGGCUGGCAAUAGUAUAGCUUUGUUUGCUUUUUUGUGUGUUCAUUCCAAAAGGAAUUCUAUCCAGAUUUACUUGCUAAAUGUAGCCAUCGCAGACCUUCUGCUGAUCUUCUGCCUGCCCUUCCGGAUAUUAUAUCAUAUUAAUAAAAACACAUGGACACUGGGACAGAUGUUCUGCAAGACUGUAGGAACCUUGUUUUAUAUGAACAUGUACAUUAGUAUAGUAUUGCUGGGACUAAUUAGUAUGGACCGCUAUGUGAAAAUCAAAAAGUCUAUUCGACGUCCUACAGUGUUAACAACCAAACGAAGCAUGUGUAUUUGUUGCAUAGUGUGGGCAAUUGCACUAACAGGAUUUAUAGUAAUAGUUGCCCAGCCUACUAAGAAGGAAGAACACAAUUCUAUUAUGUGCUUUCAUUACAGAGAUAAACAGCAAAAAAAAAUAGAAGCAAGUAUAAAUUAUAUUGUUGUAAUAAUCUUUUGGAUAGUUUUCUUUCUACUAAUACUUUCAUAUGUUAAAAUUGCUAAGAUCCUCCUGAAAAUUUCAAAGAAAAGAGCACAUUUCCCCAAUGCUGGAAAGUAUGCCAUCACGGCAAGGAAUUCCUUCAUUGUACUCAUCAUUUUUACCUUUUGUUUUGUUCCUUUUCAUGCAUUUCGAUUUGUCUACAUUACAUCACAACUGCAAAAUACAUCUUGUUUUUGGAAAGAGAUCAUUCACAAAUGUAAUGAGAUUAUGCUUAUAUUCUCAUCUUUUAACAGCUGCCUUGAUCCUAUUAUGUAUUUCCUAAUGUCCAGCAGUGUCCGUAAGACUGUACUCCAACUUAUUUGUAGAAGAAUUCACAGGGACUCAAACAUGACAGACAGUACUUCAGAAAUGAAACUGGGACAAUCUACUCUAGAAGCAACGACCACCAUUACUCCCCAUUCAAGCUUUUUAAAAAAAAGGUCCCUGAUCUGAUCACUUAAACAAAAGGAAGACAACAACUUAAUAAAAUCCCCUGAAGAACUAUUCAGUCAGUCUAAAUCACAAAUGUUUAAUGGACCAGACAGAGCAAUUUAAGAAGUGGCAUUACUGUCUCCUUCUCCCUUUCCCUUUGUUAAAAUAUGGAAGGUCCCGGAUCUCUUAACUGAAAAAUGAAACUUAACUUCUUGUAGUUUAAACACUUCAUUAAAACCCUUCACUUCUCCUAGGAUUAAUUUUCAGCACUGGACUUUCAGGGACAAUUUUUCGACUCUGGACUCAAUUUGUAUGCGCGAAAAACUUCAUAGAUACAAACAUUAGGUGUACAUUAAGUAGCACUAUUAUUUACAUGUUUUUAGAAACCACAGGAUAAACGUCAUACAUGCCACAUGCUUUUUUUCUGUUUGAUAUAAACCAACAUAACCCCUGUAUUUAAUAUUUGAUAAAUCUGUCUUUGAAGAAUAAUAUAUUUUAGAAGGCUUUAAAAAUCAGUUUCUUAGCUGUUUUUAUUGAUCUAAUCCUUUCACAGCAAGAUAUUUAAUAAUCUAUUAUGAAUAUGACUCAGACAGGAGGUAAAAACCAUGAAGGCAUGACAAUGAAUCUAAACUCAAUGUCUUGAAUGUUUUAACUUAGGUAAAUAAUAAUAUUUAAGACAGCUUCUUAUACUUGGUUCCUUAAGGAUUAUGACAAUAAUGCACUGUAUAUAUAAUUUUUAGAAUGUAUAUCCAUCUCUUGGCUCAAGAUUGUAAGCUCUUUGGAGCAGAGAUCAUUUUUAUAUUCUGGUUCUGACUGGAUCUCCUAGGCAAUACCAUAAAACUAAUAAUACAAAAUAAAUACCUUCACACCUAGACACCUGGUAUACCUAGAUCUACUUUUUAGCCAUAAACAAACAGUCACGUGGUGUCCUUCCCUCCCCCACCAUGUUUUGAGCCAACAAGAAAUUGUGCCCUUCUUUCAGAAACCCUCAGAAAUGAUAAGAUGUAAAUUUCUACACUGAAUCAGAAAUAACCAAAACAAGUUAAAAAUGAAACUGUGAACAAAAUAAAAUUUUAGUUAACAGAUAUUCUGUAACAUUUUAAGAUUCUCUCACACAGUAUUGCAUUUAUACUAGAGGCUUAUUAUAGGAUUGUAAUCCACAAAAAAGGGGUAAAGAUCACAAAGUUAUGAUUUUGGGAUAUCUUCAGUGAAACGAGCAGUGGCAUAAGAACUAACAAGGGUUCAAUUUGUUUACCUUCAAUGGAAAGCUGAAACCCAAGUGAAAGACUGGUUUUCUAAAACAAAACAAAAAAAAUGUUGUGAUCUGAAAUUUGGUAAAUCCAUCAGUGAUUUCAUUAUUGCAAUAUUUUGGUAGAAAAGUAAGUUAUCACUAUGAACUCAAGACAAGAUGUAUACGUUUAUUUGGUUUUGAAGGUGCACCUUGCUUUGAUUCCAGUUCCAUAGUAUGGCAGCUGUUACAUUACUAUUCAGGCAGCUGAGGAAUUUAAUGGCUCACUGUUCUUCACUACAUAAGUGUUGAUGAUCAUCUCUCCUCUUCGAGAGUCCUGAUGUUCCAUUAAUCAAGUUAACCUUUCUUAGGGCAAUUUUGCUGCCUGGUAGCUUUCUCCUGGUUUCUCUCCUCCUAUUUCACAGCCUUGGAAACUCUUCAGAUCUUUUCAGAAUCAGAGAUCAAUCCAAGAAGACCAGUCCCCUGUAGCAGCUAAGGUUUCAGCUUUAGUUAUGCUGGAAAAGGAGGGCAAGUAAGAUGAAGAUCAGGCUCUGUCCCUGCUCUAUGCAGCCAUAACACUGAGGAAAAAAUCUAACUUUCUUCAUUCUGCCUUUCAAAAACAAGGUGCAUGUUAUAUUCCACGGCAUGUUAUGUGUGAGAAAAUACUGUAUUCAAAACCCCACGGACAGCAAGGCCACAGCAGAUUGUUCAUGCUGACACACCAAAACAUAUUAUUUAAUAAAUCUUGAUAGUAAUGAUUUUGUUCAAAAGUAAUGCGAUUUGAAUUUUUCUACUAUGGUAUACUCAAAGAUGCUAUAAACUAAGAAAGAGAAGGUAACACAAAUCUAAGCUUAACUUGAUGCAAAGUAGCAUUGUUUGUUGGUAUUGAUUUUAGGUAUAAUUUUACUUGUUUUGUUUCCCGUUCACCCAGAUAGGAAUGAACCUACAUCACUUGCUUCCCAGAAAAGUGGUCUAACAUGUAGGUUAUGGGCUAGGCAUUGGCCAGAACAUUUGCCAUACUGCUUCUUGAAGCCGGUCCACUGGGCAGCUAGGCAGGAAUGACAUGUGGGGCAAGUGGGUCAAGAACAAGCUUGUGCAAGGAUGGCUAGAGUAAGAUGGAUGCUGCACCUGGGCUCCAGUCUUGACAGCAACAAGGGAGAACUAUUCCACAGCUGUCUGUGGAAGUGCAUAUUAAAUACAAGGUGUAGAAAAAACAGAAGGGCCAAAACCAGAAGGCAGGGCCUCCUCCUGUGAACUACCUUUCAAAAGGUAAUUUUAAAGGUAUUUUCUGAUGCCCAUGUUUGUUACAGUGGCCCAAUUUGUAUAUGUGAAACUACAGCAGGCAGAGUGUUGUGAAACUAAAAUUUAGCCUAAACACCAGGUUUAUUUCAUUUAUAAAGUGCUAGAUAAGAAGAGACUUGCCAAGUGGUUCACACCUCCAUUUUACUUUUCAUCCAAAAGAGGCCAAAAUAUGAUGAAGCUUGCUACAGUACAUACUAUGCCACCCUUACAUCAGGAUGGAUGGUGCAUUGAUUUUGACUGAACUGCCAUAGGAUUCAAAAUACAACUUCACAUAACAGGGUCAGAGUUGCCAGGCUGUACCAUUCUUACCGACUGUACAAUUGUACAAUUCUAAUUUUGAUGGGACUAGAGCAGGAGUAGCACACUCCUUGACAUAAGAGUGAGCUCAUUAUGGUUAGAAAGACAAGGGGAGAUCUUAUGCACAUCAUGCGGCUCUUUUGUUGAAUUCAAUGCGUAAUUCCUGUAGACAGCCAAGGUACAGUAUCAGCCAUAUUUCCCUCUAUUUUACAAAUAUGCAUAUGUAUCCUCAUACCAUGCUGUAUAUAUUCUACUUGCACAAAAUGUACUAUAUUUUAAAUAUAUAUUACUUCUGCUCACAGAGGACAAUAAGGGAAUAUUUAAGUAAAUUACAUUCCGGACCUGUUAUAAACUGGACAGAUCUUUUAACAACUAAGUUGUCUUUGAAGACCUUCUAAAGAAAUGCAAAUGAUAAACUUGAGAACACCAGACCUAAGAAAUAAAAGCCAGUACUGAGUGACAAGGAUAUGGAUAUAUUUUUGGUUCUGGUAAGCAAUUUUUGUUCUCAUACUCAGCUUAAUUGUAAUUCUGGUUUUAACUUGCACAUCUGUACAUUUCCUGGAAAAAGUUAAAAUUUAAUUAAAUGUGGUGACUCAAAAUUAGAAGCGAAUAACUAACUUCCACAAAUAGUCACAAAACACAAAAACGGAACUGCAGUCUUACACCACUGUUUUCAGUAACAGAGAUGAAUAAAGGCCAGAUCACUUUUGGUUAGGGAUAAGUCUUUAGCCUAAGACUGUCUCAGAAGCCAUACCCAGAGGGCCAUGUGUUGUACAGUAUGAAAGGGGUUUCCAGAAACAUUGUUUAAGUCCCAUUAGGCCAAAGUAACUUUCUUGCAUACCCCCUUCUAGGAACGAUGGUCGUUUAGGAACAGUGAAUACAGCAUCUGUGCAGAGGAUUGGACUAAAUGACCUUCAAAGUCCCUUCUAAUCCUAUAAUGAUUGUGCUCCAACUUUAAAAUUAUAUAUAUAAUGAUAUGAAUAUAC